AUGGGAGUGAAGGGCAUGUUAUUUGUUAUUGUUGCCUUGGUCCUUGUAGAAGUAGAAGUAGAAGUAGUAGCUAUAGAUGAUAUUGACAGUACUCAAAUAGCUCUUCAUGGGUGCCAAAGGAAUUGUGGAGAUGUUCAAAUUCCGUAUCCAUUUGGCAUAGGAAAAACCGAAAACGGUACUACCUGUUUCUUAGACAAACCAUUUAAUCUUACUUGCAACAGUAGUAGUUCCAGUUUAACAUCGGGCAAUGUCCAAGUUAUAAACAUCAACAUCUCCCAAGGUCAAUCAGAUAUGUUGAUUUUUGUCUCCAAAUAUUGUUAUAAUAGUAGCUAUGGUAACAACGCUGUAAGUAGCCAACCCAGCGGGCUCAUAAGUAGUUCUUCUUUCACCAUUUCGAGCAAAGACAACAAGUUCAUAAGUGUUGGCUGCGAUACUUACGGCUAUCUUAAUAGCUUCUACAACAACAAUGCAGGUUAUUCAACAGGGUGCUUAACAAGAUGUUAUGGCAACACUAAGGAAAUCAAGGAUGGAGAUUGUUCCGGUAUUGGGGGAGGUUUCGGCACAGUUUUCAAAGGAGUUCUAGAGAAUAACACAAUUGUUGCUAUCAAGAAGUCCAGAAUAGUUGAUGCUGACCAAGUUGAUCAAUUCAUCCACGAGGUUAUCGUUUUGUCCCAAGUUAACCACAGAAAUGUGGUGAAGCUUUUGGGUUGUUGUUUAGAAACAGAAGUCCCUCUUCUUGUCUAUGAGUUUGUAAGGAAUGGCACACUUUUCGAUUUCAUCCAUAAUGAAAACAAGAGAAAUCAUUUCAAUUGGGAAAAUCGUCUCAGAAUUGCAACAGAGACAGUCGGAGCUUUAUCAUAUCUUCAUUCAUCUGCUUCCAUUCCAAUUGUCCACAGAGAUGUUAAGAGUACUAACAUUCUCUUAGACGAAGAUUACACUGCCAAAGUCUCUGACUUUGGAGCUUCAAAAUUUGUUCCAUUGAAUCAAAAUACAUUAGCUACAGUGGUGCAAGGAACUUUUGGUUACUUGGAUCCAGAAUACAUGCAAACUUGCCAACUAACUGAAAAAAGUGAUGUGUAUAGCUUUGGUGUUGUGCUCGCUGAGCUUCUUACGGGAAAGAAACCUCUUAUGUUUGAGAAGUCGGAAGAGAAAACAAAUCUUGCUAUGUACUUGACAUCUUGCCUGGAAGAGGAUCGCUUGUUUGAAGCUCUUCAAGUUGGAAUCUUGAACGAAGAAAAUAAACAAGAGAUUGUGGAAGUUGCUAUUGUUGCAGCAAAGUGUUUGAGACUUAAAGGCGAAGAAAGGCCAAGCAUGAAGGAAGUGGCAAUGGAAUUAGAGGGAAUAAGGUUAAUGUCAAAGUCCCACUGGGUUAAUAAUGCAGACAAGAAUUUUGAAGAGAUCCAGCACUUGCUUCCAGUGUCAUCAUCGUCAGAAAAAUAUGAGCAUGGUGAUAGCAGCAGUGGCAGUCAUCAAAAUACCAAAUAUGAUAGUAUCAUCAGGGAUCAAGAAGUGCUAAUUGCCUUGCCAAGUGGAAGGUGA